GCAGUUCUAACAAAAGUGUCGAAGCGAGCGAACCUCAAAAUAAAAAUGGAUCAAAUUAAACAGAAUUUUAUUAUUAUCGGUGGAUUUCUUCUUACCUCCUAUUUCACAUCUAUCAAAGCAUUUUCAUUACAUCAAAUGACUCAGAAUUUAAAGGAUCCGAAUAUCUGUGAUGAUAUCCCGUUUGGUCUUUUGCCAUACGAACCUGAUUGUUCCUAUUUUAUAAUUUGUCAAAAUGGAUAUCCAAGAGUAGAAAGAUGUCCAUUUGAUACGAUUUUUGAUCCAUCUGCCUUUGCAUGCACUCAUGGAGAUUCAGAAAAGUGUGAAUAUCCAAUUGAUGGACCUCCAGAUUCUUUAACAAAAUGCCCGCCAGUUGAUGAUUUAAAUAAUCCUGUAUUUUUACCUGAUCUCAAUGAUUGUAGGAAAUAUUUCGUCUGUUCGAACGGAAGUAAGAUAGAAAGAGAAUGUGUCGAUGGACUUUUAUGGAAUCAAGAAGAAGAAUGGUGCGACGUGCCUGAAAAUGUUCAGAAUUGUAAUUAUGGUGACUCAAUAACUCCGCCUUCACAUUCAACAACUGAAAAAAUACACAAUUGUGCUGAUUGGCACAGGUGUCCGAUAAUUGGUCAUGGAUAUCUUCCACAUUUACAGAACUGUCUCAGAUACUUUGAAUGUAAUAAUGGAAUUAGAUUCUUAAGGACGUGCCUUAAAGGAGAAGUGUUUGAUGUGAAUUCUAUGAAAUGUGGUGAUCCAGUCAGUUCUGUUUGUGCCAAAUAUACAGAAUGCAGUUCAUAAUACAGUCCGAACAUUCCAUCAUGUCGAAUAACUGUCUGAGUCGAAUUUAAGAGCUUUAUUUUUAUACUUAAUAUAAUCCUUAGACUAAGUUGUACGAUUAAAUUUAAGCUGGGAAGUUUCUACCAAAAAAAUAAAGUUAUAGUUGGACGGCAGUGAAUUGAAAAUAAUAGAUAUAAAAUUAUUUUAAUCAAUGUGCGCAUUUUCUUAUCGCAUUGAGAACGAGUCUUCUGUUUUCGAAUCCUCUAGAUUCAAAAUUUUUAAGCUGAUAAGUUUUUGCUGGAAAAUCCAAUGCGUAAUAAUCUUAUGGACUAUCAGUAGGAAGUUGGAAUUUCCCCCAAAUUGUGUCCUGGGAUAUAUCUACUGUCUAGGCUAGAUUGGAGUGAUGAAGCAAGGCUGAAUCUAAAAUAUGGAGUCAUAUGCAAGCUAUUCCGGAAGUGCGAGGGUAAAGUGCUUCUGUAAAUGAUUAGGAGGGCAUCAGAUUUCAGACAGAGGUCGAUUGCUUAAUUCCCAUACUGAAUAAUGUCGAUGUAAUACGACUCUUAAGAAAUAUUCUUAAAGUUGAACUUCUAAUCAAGCAUUGAAGCCUUUUAUUAACUGAUCAACUUCAAUCCACGACUCCCAACUCUGCACAACUCUCAAACCUUGAUGACAAACAAAUAUUUUUAAAAAUAUCCGUCACAAACUUAUCAGUUUAUUGCAAUGUUUUGGGAAGCAGCAUUUACUAAUCUCUUUGAUAAUUUUUGCAACACAAGUAAAGUGGUAAAUUACAGGAUAUGAAAGAAAUUGAUAAGAUUAAAGGCCAAUUGUGUGCGUAUAAAGGCCUUUGAUUUUACAAUCCAUUCAGUCUUUUAUUGAACCUUAAAGUGAAAACAUUGCAAUGAACAAAACCUUUAUAUUCUUAUCAGUUUUUAUUGGACUGGCAAUUCUUGUGCCACCUUACAAAACAUCCAAUCAAAUGGGCGAUUUAAAUUUUGAUGAGCUAUGUGAUGGAUUAUUAUUUAAUGCCAUUCCACAUCCUAGUGACGGAAAUUUAUUUAUUGGAUGUGUUCAAGGAAGAGGAACACUUUUUGGAUGUGAUGAAGCUAAUUUGGUAUUUGACCCAUAUUCUGUUAGAUGCGUAGAUCCAGCUGACAUAGGAACAACAACCACAACGGAAUCAAUUCCUUCAACAACUACAACAUACACAAAUGUUACUGUAGAUCUUCCAACAAGUACGACGACUCAAGGAAUCAUAACAACAACGACAUCACGAACUGGAGGUGGUGAAAAUGUCGAUAUUAUCUUUGUUUGUCCACCAUCUGGAGUUGGAAAUAUUCCACAUAGAACUGAAUGUGAACGAUACUUUGAAUGUUUACGUGGAAUACAACAUCCAAGAACAUGUCCAGACGGUUUUCUUUUUGAUGUCAUCACAAAGCAGUGCCAACCACCAGAAAUUACCUUAUGUGCUAAUAUUAUACAAUGUUCAUAAAAUAAAUAAAAUAAAGACUUAAAGGUAUUUUUAUACUUAUCAGUAGCUAGUGUUAAGUGUGGAUUUCUCGGAAGUUUAUCAACAUUUUAAUUGAAAAGGGGUGCUUUGUAAAUGAUAUCUAGCUUUAAGGAAAAGAAGGGGGGGGGGGGUUAAGUUAUUAUUAAAAAGCAAUUAAAAUAGCAAACUUAGAAAUUGUCUUAUCAUUUAUUACUUUAAUUUAUUGACAAUAAAAUUUCACAAAAUUAAUUAUGGUUUUCUUGACAAAAGAGCAAAUUAUCAAACGUAAGCGAGAAGCAAGGUUUAGGUUUAAAACAGCUGUUCGUAAGGCUUUCUUAAAUAAGAAAUGGCUAUCAGAACUUGACGAAAAAAUAGGCGAGGAUGUUAAGAAAAAUGUGGCAAUUAUCUUAAAUCGAUCGAAUAAAAAGGUUGGAAUUACAUUGCUUGAAAAGAGUAUUUUGAAGACGCCAGUUAAUAAGAGAACUGAGGAAGAAGUUGACAUCAUAAACAAGCUUUUCGACAAAAUUCCAUGUUUUCAAAUUUUUAUGCCAAUAAUCCGUAAGAAGCUCGCAAAUGUUGUGGAGUUUUAUUUCUAUCCAAAAGGAAAGAAGUUAUAUCUUGAAGGUCAAGCAUCACAAUCAAUGAGUUUCAUAAUAUCCGGUGAAGUUGUUGUUACUCGUUUAACAUUCAUUAAAUCAGACAAAGAGAUCAUUGACGAGCCAGUUAACUUGCUUGGAUGUGCUGAAUCCUUUGGUGAAAUAGGCUUACUUUACAAUGAGAGACGUUAUGCAUCGUGUACGGCUCAAACCGAUUGUGAGCUGCUGCUGUUGUAUAAAGAAGACUUUGAUAAAAUAUUAAGACCAACGCUGGAGUCAAAACAUGAAAAUAUUACACAGGCACUACGGCGAUUCGAGUAUUUCAAUAAUUACACGGUUGAAAAGAUCCGAGAAUGCUGCGUGAUGUCCAAAAUAGUACAAUAUGAUCCACAAGACAUCAUAUUUUCCCAGAAUGACAUUUCUAAUUUCUCAUACUUUGUGCUGUCUGGGCAAUGCAUGAUACUUCAAUGUCUAAAACUUCGCGAAAAGCCAAAUGGAAAAGUCAGUCUCGUUGCGCCAAAGAAACGAAUGAAUGCAUUGGAUAUGGCAAUUACGAAAAACUUUUCAUCAGACAGAUUGAAGCCAAUAACGGAUGGUGAUGAUGCGAGCAUAAAAUAUCAAUUUGUCGAUGUUGGAACAUUCUCAGUUGGUGCUGUUUUUGGAAUUGGUGAAAACAUUGAAAAUCGAAUAAUUAUAGCGAGAACUAUUGUGCAGUGCUUGUUGAUUCCACGACUUUGGCUCUUCCAAAAAGCACAAAAUAUUGGAAAUGUCUGGCCAAGAAUCAAGUUGUUCCUUAAUUCAUCAAUUCCAUCGCAGGAGAAAUUGUUCGAAGAACAUUUAAGGAACCAAAAAUGGAAAAAGUACAAGAAGACUACAAUCGAGCAGAUUAAACAGCACAACAGAAUUUCUGACCCUGAAACAAGAUUUUAUAAUAUUCCAAUUGUCUGUCGCAUUCAGGAACAAUAAAAGCAGCUACUGGAUUUUUAACAUUUUUUUUUAUUAAACAAUUCUUUUUUAUUGUACACAUUAACUUAAGCUUAUGGAUGCUAUAUCGAGGUUUGUGAUAUCUUGUGGAUGUGAUUUGGAUUAAGGAAAUUCGUAACUUCGUUGGAUCUAAUUUUGACAACAAGAGAGGAGUGUUUUGUGUUGGAAUUUUGAGGUUAAGUGAUAAAUACUUCUCCUGGAUGUGAAGGUUACAUAAAAAUUACAUAAAACUAGUUCCUAUGAGUUUAUCAAAAAGCCAUUGCUUACAUCCACAAUUUCAAAAAUUUCUUAUUGUCCACAAAAAUAUUGAAGAGUUCCAAGCAUCACAUCGUUGUAAAAGGAAUCACAUGACUGUCAUUUAUGUUGUUGCAUUGUGGUGGCAACUAUGUGACUGUCAUUGCCAUGCUGUACUUCUCGGAAUCUUCAACAAACUUUUCUCCAAAAUUCAUUUUUAUCAUUUAUAAAUUAAUUAAUCAUCCGUCUUAUUUUUACAUAAUAAUCAUAAGGCAUAGAAGCAACAAACAAUAAACUGGAUAAGCAAUACAUUUUAUGGCGACUUAAUAAUCAUCUUUUUUAGUAAUCAUAACAUUAAAAGUAACAAAAAAAUAAUAAACAAGGAAAAUUUCAUAAAUAAAAUAGGGAACAGAGAAGCAGAAUUGGAAGUAAAAGGAUCUAAGUGUAUGAAAGACUAACGGCCUGUUUCACUAAAGUGGAUUAUCCUCGAUUUCGGAUCAUCCAUUUCAGUUUUUUGUAAAUAUCUUAAACUUUAUGGGAGGUGUGGUAUUUCUAAUUUUGGAUUAUAAAAGAGUGAAGUAUGCCUGAAAUUUCUGUACACUUUAAACUUUUAAUUUUCAUUAAGAAGUAUUAAUUAUUCAAUUUUCUAGCCAAAUCUAGAAGAUUAACUUCAAUUUUUGCUAUAAUUCUCAAACUAAUGAAGACAUAAAAAUUCUUAGUAUAUGUUAAUUUAAGUAGCAAAGUACUUUAAGGAGAUCACACUUUAUAUCUCUUAAUAACCUUAAGCGUCUGGAGAUAUUUCCGAAAAACUGAAGUGGAUAAUCCGAAAUCGAGGAUAAUCCACUUUAGUGAAACAAGCCGUAUGUUCUUCUUCAUCACAUCUAAAAGAUGUUCCCAGAAAGGAAACUCAAAGAUGAAGAAGGACAAACUAGAGACUCAGAUUUUUGUACUUCCAUUCUCACUUGAAUCUUCCUGAAUUAUUUAAUAGAAAGUUGUUAGGUACGCCAUGAUUGAGUGCGAGCACCUUCGAUAUUAUUCUAAAGUCUUCUGCUGAGCGUGAAGCAAUGCCUGAUUGUGCAAGAAGAUUUUGUAACUGAACGUCGAAAGUUCCGUCAACGGGAACGAGUUGUUGUUGCUGGAAUUGCACAUUCGGUGAGUUAAAACCAAAGUUUCCUGUCUGAAGUGCAUCGUUACGAAAGACUCGAUUGCGAGCUUCAGAUUGAGGUGCUAAGUCUGUGAGUGAUGGAAGAAUGUUGAGUGGAGCUGAAUUGAAGACUUGGAAUGGUCUUUGUGGCAAUUCAAGAUUUGUUGGAAGUUGACUGAAUGUUCUGAAUUCUCCAGCUUGUCUAAUUGGAAGUUCGAAGCUUUGGACUUGACUAAAUGGAUUGAAUUCCUUGGCGGGUUUGUUUGGAAGUUCCAAUCCAAUAUUGUAGAAAUGAUUGAAAGAAUUGAAAUCUCUUGCUGACUUUACUGGAAGUUCUAAUCCUGAUGGCAAUCUAGACACUCCAAGAUCUUGAAUUUCAGCUUUUUGAAUUUGUGGCGAUUCCUGUCUAAAUCCUUGAUUAGCUUGCAAAUUCUGUUGUUGUGUUUGGAACUGCUUAAAUUGGAAUUGCUGUUGGCGUUGAAUGAGUGAUUUCUGGAAGUCUGGCUUGUCUGGAUUGAACUCAACUGGACCCUUGAAUGGAAGUUGUUGCUCAACAGAAAUACCGACUGUAUGUCCAACUGGAAUGCUUUGAACAAACUCAACAUUAUUAGUUGAGGAUGGUGGGGCAAUAAGAGCUGCAGUUUGUGGUUGUGGAACUGAUUGGAUUUGUUGUUGUUGUUGCUGCUGUUGCUGACGGAAGAAAUUUUGUUGCUGUUGUUGCUGAACAUCUUGUUGACGUCUUUGAUCCUCGUCGAAUCUUAAUCUUUGUUCUAAUAUUUGAUGACGUCUGAUAAACUCUUCCUGAUCACGUUGUCUAGCUUGUAAGAAUCUAAUUUGUUCCUCAAGUUGUCUCUGCUUCUCUUCAUAAAUUGAUAUUAUUCUUUGUUGUUCAACUGGAGCUUGAGUAUUGACAUUUGGAAGUCUUAAAGUUGUCAACGGAGCUUGGGUUGAUUGAGCAACAAAUUCUGGUUGUGAUCCACGAAAUUCCAUAUUGACAAUCCUCUUAUUGUCUUUAGCUGCUUGCUGUGGAUUUUUGAAUAAGGAAAUGACUUUAUUUGGUUGUCCAUUAAUGUCUUGUUGAACUGUAAAUGCUGCCAAUAAUGGAGCUUGGAAGAUCUUGACUCCAUCCUUUGCAACUUUCUCGAUAUUUUCACCAUCAGCAUUUGUGACUGGUGGUGGAAGAGUUGUUGUAGUUGUUUGUGGAGUGACUGGUUUAGUGAUUGCCUUUUCUGAUGCCUUCUUUUUUGGCUUCUCCUCUUUUUUGUCGGCUUCUAUUUGAGAAUUGGUGCUGCGUGGUGAAACAAUAUUGUCAGACUUAUCAGCAAAUGUCGUUACUGGAUCCGGUGUGAUACCAAAAUUGAUUUGAACUGUGUCCUCAUCAUCAGGUUUUGGUGGUGUCAAUGUUGAUCGUGGGCGGGAUAUGAUGAUUGUCUUGAUGAUUUCAUUUUCGUCAGACUUAUCGCCAUCGAUUGAGAAUGAAUGAACUUUGAUAAUUGCUGGAUUAUUUGUUACAUCUUCAAUUUCUUCGCUUGUAAUUGUUGUUGCUUCAUCACUCGAUUCUGUACUAUCUUCGCCUUCAAAAUUGCUUAGAGCCUCAAGCAAUGCCUUUCGAAGUUUUGGAUUAAUUGUGACUGUAGUUCCAUCAGAAAUCGUCGUUGGUGGUGACUGAGUUAUGGCAGCAAAUGUACAAGACAGAAGUGCUAUUGAGCAUAUGCCGAUUAACUGUAAAGAAAAAGAAGAAAAACUUUGUUGAAAGAGAUUCCAUAAAGAUAAAGAUCAAGUAUGUGAAAAUGGAAUUUUUCCACGGCAAUUUAAUAAAAAAUACAUUUAAAGUUAUGACCGAAGUAAAUUAAUUCAUGCUCAGUUAACAUUUUAUGGCUUUUUAAAAAGAUUUUACGAUACACUUCCAACUAGG